AACUAAAUAUUUGCGUUAUUUUCUUUUGUAAAAUUGCUGUUUUCAUCGCAAAUUUAAUAUUGUUGUGUGACUUGUCGUUUGAGCAUCGGAAUGCACUCGCCUUUUUAGUUGAUUGGCAACUCUUCAAAAAAUGGGCUGUCUGUAAAAAUUGUUUAACUUGCUCUUGUAUUGAAUAAGAAUAAAAUCUGAUUAACAAUUAAAAAGUAAUACGGUCAGCUUAAAGCACCGUGUAUUGCAAAAGCAAAGGUUAUAGCCCCGAUUGGCAAACAAAAAUGUCUUGCGCCACUGCUCUGAGUACAGCCAAAGACACGACAAAUGCGGCUGCCAGCGUAGCUGGCUCCGUCAAUGGAGGAGGUGUGGGUGUGGUAGUUAGCGGCAGUGCUGGUGGUGCAUCUGGCGCUGCACCGCCAGGUGGCUCGGCAGCGGUGGCCAGACGCUUUUCUAUGGAAGGCGUUGGAGCACGCGUAAUACGAGGUCCGGACUGGAAGUGGAACAAACAGGAUGGCGGCGAGGGCCAUGUGGGUACCGUGCGGAAUUUUGAGUCUGCCGAAGAAGUGGUCGUUGUCUGGGACAAUGGCACUGCAGCUAAUUAUCGAUGUGCAGGCGCUUACGAUCUGCGUAUUUUGGACAGCGCACCCACAGGGGUCAAACAUGAGGGAACUAUGUGCGAUACCUGUCGCCAGCAGCCAAUUUUCGGCAUACGUUGGAAGUGCGCCGAAUGCAUUAACUAUGACCUGUGCAGCAUUUGUUAUCAUGGCGAUAAGCACCAUUUGCGCCAUCGCUUUUAUCGCAUAACCACGCCAGGUGGGGAUCGCACGAUGCUUGAGCCGCGUCGCAAAUCGAAGAAGGUACUGGCACGCGGAAUAUUUCCCGGAGCGCGAGUUGUUCGUGGCGUCGACUGGCAAUGGGAAGAUCAGGAUGGCGGCGUGGGGCGACGAGGUAAGGUAAAUGAGAUACAGGACUGGUCCUCGGCCUCGCCACGCUCCGCUGCAUAUGUCAUCUGGGAUAAUGGCUCAAAAAAUUUGUAUCGCGUUGGGUUCGAAGGCAUGGCCGAUCUAAAGGUGGUGAAUGAUGCCAAAGGUAGUAAUGUCUAUCGCGAUCAUUUGCCACUGCUGGGUGAGAAUGGACCUGGUAAGGGACCACAUGGCUUUCAAAUUGGCGACAAAGUAACUGUCGAUUUGGAUCUGGAAAUUGUGCAGUCUCUACAGCAUGGUCAUGGUGGCUGGACCGAUGGCAUGUUCGAGUGCCUGAGCAAUGCAGGUAUGGUGGUCGGCAUCGACGAGGAUCAUGACAUUGUGGUGGCCUACAAUUCGGGUAACCGCUGGACCUUCAAUCCCGCCGUGCUCACCAAAGUUUCAUCGCCGACCACAGCACCGCCAGAGUUCCAAGUGGGCGACAUUGUCAAGAUCUGCUCGGAUGUGGAGAGCAUCAAAAUGCUGCAGCGUGGCCAUGGCGAGUGGGCAGAUGCAAUGCAACUGACACUUGGAAAAAUUGGUCGCGUGCAGCAGGUUUACCAUGACAAUGACUUGAAAGUGGAAGUGGGCAACACAUCUUGGACGUACAACCCACUGGCCGUCUGCAAGGUAGCCUCAUCCACUGCUGACGGAGGCUGUGCGCCAGUUAUACCCAGCGGUGAACGUCUCUCGGCCAUACUAAAAAAGUUGUUCGAGCCGAAUGUGUCUGGCGAUGCCACCGAGGAGUUCGUAAAGGCAGCCGCAAAUGGUUUUGCGUCUCGUUGCGAGGAGUACUUAUCGGGCGCCUCGCAGCCCUCUACAUCUAGCGCGGCAGCGGCCGCAGCCUCGUCUAGCAGCCCCAACGCUUUGCCCGAUGUAAAUGGCGUCUUUGCCGGCCACACCGCACUGCAGGCCGCCAGCCAGAAUGGACACAUCGAGGUCAUUCAAGUUCUUCUCAGACACAACGUCGAUGUCGAAAUUGAGGAUAAAGAUGGUGAUCGUGCCGUACAUCAUGCCGCCUUUGGUGACGAAGCUGCUGUGAUUGAGAUAUUGUCCAAAGCCGGUGCCGAUCUGAAUGCAAGGAAUAAGCGCCGGCAGACUUCGCUACACAUUGCCGUCAAUAAAGGGCAUCUGAACGUGGUAAAGACCUUGCUCACGCUUGGCUGCCAUCCAAGCUUGCAGGACUCAGAGGGCGACACACCGCUUCAUGAUGCCAUAUCCAAGGAGCACGACGAAAUGUUGUCGAUGCUGCUGGACUUUGGAGCUGACAUUACACUGAACAACAACAAUGGAUUCAAUGCUUUGCAUCACGCCGCUCUAAAGGGCAAUCCAAGCGCCAUGAAAAUACUGCUGACCAAGACGAAUCGCCCGUGGAUCGUAGAGGAGAAAAAGGAUGAUGGUUAUACGGCUCUGCAUUUGGCAGCGCUCAACAAUCAUGUGGAGAUUGCCGAGCUGCUCGUUCACAUGGGCAAAGCGAAUAUGGAUAGACAGAAUGUUAAUCUGCAGACUGCUCUGCAUUUGGCCGUGGAACGCCAGCACGUGCAAAUUGUCAAGCUGCUGGUGCAGGAAGGUGCGGAUUUGAACAUACCGGACAAGGAUGGUGACACGCCUUUACACGAAGCGCUGCGUCAUCAUACAUUGUCGCAGCUAAAGCAGCUGCAAGAUGUCGAGGGGUUUGGUAAAUUGCUAAUGGGUCUGCGCAAUGCUAACAACAAGAAGGCUUCAGCAUCCAUUGCCUGUUUCCUGGCCGCCAACGGCGCUGACCUGACUUUAAAGAAUCGAAAGCUGCAAACGCCGCUAGAUUUGUGUCCCGAUCCGAAUCUCUGCAAGACCCUGGUGAAGUGUUACAAUGAGCGCAAGACCGACGACUCGGAGCUGCCAGGUAAUGUGGCGGGCACAAGCCUGAAUGCCCGUGCACGUGCGCAAAACGCCAACGUCGCUACAUGCGCUGGAGUUGGCGGCAUGCAUCAGUCGGCUACGGCCAACAUACCAUUGCAUUCGGUGACGAAUAUUACACCAUUUUUGUUCAAUGGACCCAACGACGAGAUGGCGCAGUCUCUGCAGGUGGAGAGCAAUAGCGGGGGCGUUGGGAAGGUAGCCAGCCUGGAGGAAUGCCUCGUCUGCUCGGAUGUUAAGCGGGACACUGUCUUCAAGCCCUGCGGCCAUGUGAGUUGCUGUGAGACGUGUGCUCCGCGAGUCAAGAAAUGCCUGAUUUGUCGCGAAACAGUCUCAUCGCGCGAGAAGAUAGACGAGUGCCUGGUCUGCUCGGAUCGACGAGCUGCAGUGUUCUUCCGCCCGUGCGGUCACAUGGUUGCCUGCGAGCAUUGCAGUGCGCUCAUGAAAAAGUGUGUGCUCUGCCGCACCCAAAUCGAGGAGAUGUUGCCUUUUACUUUGUGCUGUGGCGGCAUGGGCACAGCCGAAAAGGUCAGCGGCACCUGCACCACAACCAGCAACGCCACUAGUAUUGUUGAGGAGAAAUUCAUUGAGCCACCGUGUGUCAAUACGUCGGGUCAUAGCGUUGCCAUGAACAAUACGGUGGUGACGCCAGUUGCGGGUAGCAAUCAGCUGAAUAGUCAGAACAAUCUUCUCGCUGCGGCGGCAGCGAACUCCAAUGUGCCUGCAACCAAUCUGGCAGCCAGCGGCAUGGUCGCACCCUCUAACGUCAAUAAUUUCCAAAUGGACGAUGUGCAGAAGCUGAAGCAGCAGUUGCAGGAUAUUAAGGAGCAGACCAUGUGCCCCGUUUGCUUCGAUCGCAUCAAGAACAUGGUCUUCCUAUGUGGACACGGUACAUGCCAGAUGUGCGGCGAUCAAAUCGAAGGCUGUCCCAUCUGCCGCAAGACGGUGGAGAAGCGUAUUUUACUAUUUUAAUGCACUUUUAGCAAACAUUCCGCGCACAGACUCAAGAAUGGGGAAUCUCUUCCACAGCUCGAAAUUUAAUUAAGUAUUAAAUAGAUAUAUGUAUGUAUAUACAUAUGUAGCUAUAUGUAUGUGAAAGGAUAUACACCUAUAAAGGCGAAAUAUAUUUUUAACAAAACACA